CCAAAACGGAAUCCACAAACUUGGGGGCUUUGUCUUGCAUCUUGGAGUUCUUUUACGAGGCAAAGGCAUAGCACAACAUAAGACAGCCAGCUAAUUUUAACACACUCCACUAGAACUUAUCCAGAAUGUCAUCGUCUGUCUCCGAACCUCUAGAUAUAAUCAAACAGAAUCUUGACGAACAAAUCUACGUAAAAUUACGUGGCAGCCGUGAAAUGAUUGGAAAGCUACACGCCUACGAUUCCCAUUGCAAUAUGGUAUUAGGGGAAGCCAUUGAAACCAUAUUCUCAUUGCAAGCAGAUAAUGCCACUCUUGAUUCCAGAGAAGAGAAGCAUGAACUAGUGUUUGUGAGGGGAGAUUCCGUAAUAUUAGUCACCGAUGCAGCCAAUGUUUGACCUUCGCCGUAAAACUGUGGUUGAAGUUAUAGGUUCAUACUUGAUGUUCAUCAAAAAUAUAUCUCUUCAAAUUUUCCGGUCUUUAUAACCCCUCUGUAUACUAAUAUAUUUCCCUUUGUCAAGACGCACUGCCUUUUCCUAAUCGGUAG